AAUAGCCUGGGCGUUUGGUCACGGUGCCUGCUGGGAAAUGUAGUGUUCCACUCUAAGAAGAACAAGCGCCCUAAACUAGUUCUUUUCUGCUCUUGGGAAGGAACGUGCUAAAGGACAAAGGAUGGCGGCUGACGCCUAAGGAUUUCCUUUAGAGUUCCUUGAAGAGAAACGCUUAGGGUUCAAGAAAAAGGAUCAAGCGGGAAAAAUUCCACAGUACUCAACUCUGAACUCCGACAGUUGGUAACCCGGACCCACAUUAGAGUGGGCAGGUCAAACCGGAACAAACCGUCUCCCGUCUCCCCUUCCCCCUUCCCUGCCGCUGAUUGGUACCUGCAGGCUUCUCUAUCUGAUUGGCGGAACGAACGCAGCGCGUAGUUUAAAACAUUGUAUCAGUAAAAGAAGUGCACGUCGCAGGCGGAGUUGUGCUCUGCAAAAAGCCCAAGUAGGGGUUCGCCCGCGGGAAUCUGAGUGGACCGGUACCAGAGGAGAAAUAAGUGUCUUGUUUUCGGACCUAAGCUGCCUCGGCUGUUAUGUCGCAAGGUAUCCUUUCUCCACCAGCCGGCUUGCUGUCCGAUGAGGAGGUCGUAGUCUCCCCCAUGUUUGAGUCCACAGCUGCAGAUUUGGGGUCUGUGGUUCGCAAGGACCUGCUGUCAGAUUGCUCUGUCAUCUCCACCUCCUUGGAGGACAAGCAGCAGGUUCCAUCUGAGGAUAGUACUGAGAAGGUGAAAGUAUACCUGAGGGUCAGGCCCUUGUUGCCUUCAGAGUUGGAACGGCAGGAGGACCAGGGUUGUAUCCGUAUUGAGAAUGUGGAGACCCUUGUUCUACAGGCACCCAAAGACUCCUUUGCCCAGAAGAGCAAUGAGCGGGGAAUUGGCCAAGCCACUCACAGGUUCACCUUUUCCCAGAUCUUUGGGCCAGAAGUGGGACAAGCAUCCUUCUUCAAUCUGACUGUGAAGGACAUGGUAAAAGACGUACUCAAAGGACAGAACUGGCUUAUCUAUACAUAUGGAGUUACCAAUUCAGGGAAAACCCACACGAUUCAAGGUACUAUCAAAGAUGGAGGGAUCCUGCCCCGGUCCCUGGCUCUGAUCUUCAGUAGUCUCCAAGGCCAACUUCAUCCCAUACCUGAUCUGAAGCCCUUGUUCUCUAACGAGGUAAUCUGGCUUGACAGCAGGCAGAUCCGGCAGGAGGAAAUGAAGAAACUGGCCCUCCUAAAUGGAAGCCUCCAAGAGGAGGAGCUGUCUACGUCCUUGAAGAAGAGUGUCUACAUUGAAAAUCGGAUUGGUACCAGCACCAGCUUUGACAGUGGCAUUGCUGGGCUCUCCUCCACUAGUCAGUUUACCAGCAGUAGCCAGCUAGAUGAAACAAGUCACCGCUGGGCACAGCCAGACACUGCGCCAAUAAGCGUUCCUGCAGACAUUCGCUUCUCCAUCUGGGUCUCCUUCUUUGAGAUCUACAAUGAACUGCUUUAUGACUUGUUAGAACCACCUAGCCAGCAGCGCAAGAGGCAGGUUCUGCGACUGUGUGAGGAUCAAAAUGGCAAUCCCUAUGUGAAAGAUCUCAAUUGGAUUCAUGUUCAGGAUGCUGAGGAAGCCUGGAAACUCCUGAAAGUGGGUCGUAAAAACCAGAGCUUUGCCAGCACACACCUGAACCAGAACUCCAGCCGCAGUCACAGCAUCUUCUCCAUUCGGAUCCUCCACCUUCAAGGAGAAGGGGAUAUGGUCCCCAAGAUCAGCGAGUUGUCACUCUGUGAUCUGGCUGGCUCAGAACGCUGCAAAGAUCAGAAGAGUGGUGAGCGGCUGAAGGAAGCUGGAAAUAUUAACACUUCUCUGCAUGCCUUGGGCCGCUGUAUUGCUGCCCUGCGCCAAAACCAGCAGAACCGGUCAAAGCAGAACCUGGUUCCAUUCCGCGACAGCAAGUUGACUCGAGUGUUUCAAGGCUUCUUCACAGGCCGAGGCCGCUCCUGUAUGAUUGUCAAUGUGAAUCCCUGUGCAUCUACCUAUGAUGAAACCCUUCAUGUGGCCAAAUUCUCAGCUAUUGCCAGCCAGCUUGUGCAUGCACCACCUGUACAACUAGGGUUACCAUCACUACAUUCAUUCAUCAAGGAACACAGUCGGCAGGCAUCUCCCAGCUUAGAGACAGAAACCAAGACAGACCCAAGCCUUCAUGAUGACAUUGAAAAUGAAGUUGACAUCUCCAUGUAUGGCAAAGAGGAGCUCCUACAGGUGGUAGAAGCCAUGAAAGCACUGCUUUUGAAAGAACGGCAGGAAAAGUUGCAGCUGGAGAUGCAGCUCCGUGACGAAAUUUGUAGUGAGAUGGUGGAACAGAUGCAACAGCGUGAACAGUGGUGCAGUGAACAUUUGGAUACCCAAAAGGAACUAUUAGAGGAAAUGUAUGAGGAGAAACUAAAGAUCCUCCAGGAGUCACUGACAAGUUUUUACCAAGAAGAGCUUCAGGAGCGGGAUGAGAAGAUUCAAGAGCUAGAAGCUCUCUUGCAGGAAGCCAGACAACAGCCAAUGGCCCAUCAACAACCAGGGUCUGAAUUGUCCUUACGGCGGUCCCAAAGGUUGGCGGCUUCUGCCUCCACCCAGCAGCUCCAGGAGGUUAAAGCUAAACUAGACCAAUGCAGAGCAGAGCUAAAUACCACCACUGAAGAGCUGCAGAAGUAUCAGAAAAUGUUAGAACCACCACCCUCAGCCAAGCCCUUCACCACUGAUGUAGACAAGAAGUUAGAGGAGGGCCAGAAGAAUAUAAGGUUGCUGCGGACAGAGCUUCAGAAACUUGGUGAGUCUCUCCAGUCAGCAGAAAGAGCCUGUUGCCACAGCACUGGGGCAGGAAAACUUCGCCAAGCCUUGACCGCUUGUGAUGACAUCUUAAUCAAACAGGAUCAGACCCUAGCUGAGCUGCAAAAUAACAUGAUGUUAGUAAAACUGGAUCUUCGGAAGAAGGCAGCAUGCAUUGCAGAGCAGUACCAUACUGUGCUGAAACUCCAAGGCCAGGCUUCUACCAAAAAGCGUGUUGGGGCCAACCAGGAAAACCAGCAACCGAACCAACAGCCCCCAGGAAAGAAACCAUUUCUUCGAAACUUACUUCCCCAAACACCCACCUACCAAAGCUCAAGAGACUGCAGCCCUUAUGCUCGGAUCCUGCGCUCCCGGCGCUCCCCUUUACUCAAAUCUGGGCCUUUCAGCAAAAAAUACUGAGGUUGUGGGGAGGAAGAGAGCAGCCCUUGUCCUGAGGUGGGUCAGCUGCUCAGCUUAAGAAAUAGGUCUCUUUUAAGCUUCACCAUAUACCUGGAACUUGAUACAAAAUGCAGUGUUCUGACACUAGAUGUUUCCCCCUCCUUUUGUAAUAUAAUCACCUAUGUAAUUUCAUACUUUUUUACUUAUAUGGUUUCUAUGCAUACACAAAAAGCUAUAUUAAAUAUAUCAUUCACAUUUGUUUUACAUUUUUUAAUUUGAAUGCCAAAUUUUGCAAAAUCAUUCAAAUUACAAGAUGACAGAAAAAUUGAAAAUCAAACAUCAUUCAGGCCCAUGGAAACUUUGUACAGGAGUGGCAGUAGAUACCUAAGAAAGCUUGGUAAGAAAUGAAUCCAUGGGACAUUAGAUACUCAAGCCCUUCCUUAAUAUAAAAUGAAGUGUCAUAAUAGGAGGUGACUGGGUAACAAACUUGUUCUAGAAACAUAAACAUAGGAAGGCUGGGUUCUGAACUCAAAAUAAUACGUAUCACCUACUAUACGAAUUCAUCACAGCAUACAUAGUCAUAGCAUGUUACCUCCUACUGAAUGCACAUGCACAGGCUGGAACCCCUCUAGGAGCACACUGACAGUGAUUCCCCUUACUUUGUCUAAUACUAUUAAGCCUGAAAAAAAAUUCUGUUGGAGAUAGAGGGAAAAACUGACAAUUACAUCAAAAAUAUUAAAACAAACCAGCUUGAAACAAGUUUAUUCCCAAAUGUCCACGAAAUUAUCUGUAAUCUUGUCUCCUUACUUUGCUUUAGUGAGAGAUAUAAAUAACUCUAAGACAUCUUUGCCCUCAAAGGGGCCUUCAUGCUCACCGAGAUUCUUUUGUCCCUUCUUUUAUUCAACUCUAGUAAGUUACUUCCAAUUUGAAAGCUUCUAGGAGACUUCAAAACUAUGUUUUGGAAGAAUCUCUCUAGAAUAAGAACAAAUGUACAGCUUUACUCCAUUUAGACUUAACAUCUGAUACCAGAAUAGUCAUGCUCAACAAAUUCAAGGACCACAAAGUCAUGUCUAUUCAGUGCCCUGACCUUGCUAGGGUAUCCAGUGACCCUAUUGUCAGCAGAGGGUAGAAUCACAGACUUUUUUCCCUUCCUUACCUCUCAAGAAAUCAUCCACUCCCAGCAGCAUUAAAACUGUUCCUGUAGCCUUGCAGGGACUAAAGUGCUAUUACAGAGAAUCUGGGGGACAGGGGUGACAGAAACUGGGAAGACGGCCAAGAUCUGUAGCUACUCUCUGGACAUAAGGAAGAUAGAAGUACUUCUAACUGG